GUAAAUACAAAUUUAUCUCACAUUUGGCCCGUCCGCAUUUGGGGCUAGAAACUCUCCCAAAUCUGUCUAUUGGACUUACUUUACUAGAGGGCUAUGUACUGUGAGUUACCAUAUUUUGUGUAUAAUAAAAUAAUAAUAGAAUAAUAGUAUAAAGUAAAUAUGGUAAAUGUUUAUUAAGAUUUUAGAAAAAAAAAUUAAUUCAUAAAAAUGACUACAGUGCCUAGUGAAAACUCUAAUUUUGUAUUUAAAAAACGGUCUAUUAAAAACAGAGGCACCAGGAAACGACAAGCUUCGAGUUCUGAAGAAGAUCCAGAAGAAAAUGAACAGAAGGAACAAAUAGUUAAGCAUAGCAAGCGUAAAAUUAAGUCAAAUCCAAACAUUCAGAGUACUAGUAAUACACAAAAUCGUGAGCGAAACAGAGAAAAAGAGUCUUCCAGUAGCAGUGAUGAAGACUUUCGUGUUAAUUAUAAAUCCAAUAAAUCAGCUAUGUCUGCUGGGCCUUCAGAUCAGGGUGCAACAGCAACAGUUGAAAUUGAUACAGAAACAGACAGAGAUGCCCAAGCAAUUUUUGAGAAGAGGUUGGAAAUUAAUAAAGAUCUAGAAGGAAAAGAGGAUGAUAAAAUAUAUAGAGGUUUAAAUAAUUAUGCUCAAUAUUACAAACCUAAAGACACAGCUGCUGGAAAUGCUAGUUCUGGUCUUGUAAGAAAGGGCCCCAUAAGAGCACCAGCUAAUCUCAGAGCAACAGUAAGAUGGGACUACCAACCUGAUAUAUGUAAGGAUUACAAAGAAACAGGCUUUUGUGGCUUUGGAGAUAGCUGUAAAUUUCUUCAUGACCGAAGUGAUUACAAGCAUGGCUGGCAACUAGAAAGAGAAUGGAAUGAAGGAAGCUAUUCUAAAGACAGUGAUGAUGAUACCCGAUAUGAAAUUCAUUCUGAUGAAGAAGACUUGCCAUUUAAAUGUAUUAUUUGUAGGGGAAGUUUUGUAGAUCCUGUAGUUUCAAAAUGUAAACAUUAUUUCUGUGAAAAAUGCGCCUUGGAACGUUUUAAAAAGAAUAAAAAAUGUAUUGUUUGCAAUACACUAAUAACCAGUUUUAAUCCAGCAAAUAAUUUGAUUGCUAGGCUGAAAAAUAUGAACCCAGAAGAAGAUGAUGUCCAUAAUGAGUCAGGUUUAUCUGAUUAAUAAUUGUAAAUAAAAAUAAUAUUUAUAAUUAAAAAAUUUUUAUAUAUUAA